UAAUAAUUUCGUAAUUAGUUCGGAGUUUUGAUUAGAAUUUAUUGAUGUUAAUUGUUCUGCAAUACCAUCUAAUGUGAGUUUUAAUUGAUGAACUCGUGUUGUGCCGCAAGUAUGACUUUACAUCUGUCUGACUCCGAAGCAAAAUAUUAUUCGUGCUUUCGUGAUGUUAUGUAGGUUCGAUUGACAUUUUAUUUCGAAAAGUAAUACCACAUUUUCACGCUUAUUAAAAACAUCAUCCGUGUCAGAAUGUUGUGAUCUGGUUGUAAAUCAUUCAUCAUGAGGGUUGUUGCACUUAUAAGUGGUGGAAAGGAUAGCUGUUAUAAUUUACUCCAAUGUGUCGCAGCUGGACACGAAAUUGUCGCUUUGGCUAACUUGCAACCUAAAAGCAAAGAUGAAUUGGAUAGCUUUAUGUACCAAACCGUCGGUCAUCAAGGAGUUGAUUUGUACGCAGAAGCAAUGGGGUUACCUUUAUUUAGAGAAGAAACGAGUGGAGUUGCCCACCAUCAUCACAAAUGGUAUACGCCGACAGAAGGAGACGAAGUCGAAGACCUUUACAAUCUAUUAGCCAGAGUAAAGAAUGAAAUCGAUUUUGAUGGCGUUUCCACCGGCGCUGUUCUAUCAGACUAUCAACGAUUAAGAGUAGAGAAUGUGUGUUCAAGACUGGGUUUAGUAUCGUUAGCUUACUUAUGGCGGCGCGAUCAAGGCGAAUUAUUGCAAGAGAUGAUCGACAGCGGAGUAGAAGCAGUCGUCAUCAAAGUAGCUGCCCUAGGGCUGGAUCCGAAUAAACACUUGGGCAUGCGAUUAGUCGAAAUACAACCUCAUUUAAUUAAAAUGAAUCAAAAAUACGGAUUAAAUAUUUGUGGAGAGGGCGGCGAAUACGAAACGUUUACACUCGACUGCCCAUUCUUUAGAAAAAGAAUCGUCAUAGACGAAUUCGAUACUGUGAUACAUUCUGACGAUGCGUUUGCGCCAGUUGGUUAUCUUAAUUUUAAAAAACUUUUAUUAGUCGAUAAACUGGAUUCUGGCGAACCGCAAAAUUUGUCCGAUUUGAUUACAUCGGUCAAGGGUCCAUUAGAAUACGUAAGUGAUCUAGAACUACCGGAUGAGCAACUUGUCGAUAAUUCUAAUGAAGGUGAUACUUCAAAAGACGUUAACGACGGAUCUUCGUGUAAUUCAGUCGUCGCUCAGGAUCGCUGUGAUAUAAAAAUAUUUCAAAAUCUGUCCCCCAAAGUGCACCUGAACAAUUCGGGAUGGUGCUGGAUCGGCCCACUGGUUGGUAAUAGUACCGAUGCUCUAGUAGCCUUACAAGAUAUUUUGGAUAAAUUAAAAGAUCUGCUCCAGGCCAACCAGUUCUCCGUCAGAGAUUUAGUUUCAGUUACCUUAUUCGUUAGUGACAUGUCACAAUACUCGAAAGUCAAUUCAGCAUACGUAAAUGUGAUAGACAUAAAUAAAGCUCCGGUACGUGUCUGCGUCGAAACACAGUUACCGGAGACGUCUCCUAUCCUAAUGGAAGCUCUCGCUCAUAAGGCUAUCAACGCCAGUCCUACUCAAAACGAAAGACGAACUAUGCACGUUCAAAGUAUAUCCCAUUGGGCUCCUGCCAAUAUCGGCCCUUAUAGCCAAGCCAUCAAAGUAGGAGAUAUUAUAUACGUCGCUGGACAAAUCGCAUUAGUGCCUGGUAUUAUGCAAAUGGUCGAUGGUGGCAUUUUCCAAGAGUGCAGGUUGGCUUUAAGGCACGUCGGACGUAUUAUCAACGCCAUUGAUCAAAAUACUUUACUGCGUGAUGUUGUUCAAGUGAUCUGUUACGUUACUGAAGCCGAAUUCAUCCGUCCAGCUCGCAAAGAAUGGGAAAAGAGGUCGAAUAAUGCCAUCGCUGAUUACAUCGUGGUUCCUGCCUUGCCCAGAAACGCCAAUAUCGAAUGGCAAGUUUGGGCUCAUCGUGGAAAUGCCAGGUUUCAAUACGAAGAAACUGGAUGCAGAAUUGAUAAAAGACACAAAGCCUUCUUGCGUAGAAGAUUUAAUUACGAGAAUACAGUUUCAGCUGUUGUUUGCUAUUUAACUAGAGAUAACGGCGCCAGCGUCGAAGGUGAUAUUUCAGUAGAAACUGAAGAAGCAGAACCAUUACAACAGUUUCACAUAGAACAAGUGUUGAAAUACACGCUGGCUAAACUGAUGAGCGGCGAGCCCCAACCAGUUGAUUCUGUCUGCAGUCUCAGAGUAUUCUAUCCGAUUAGCCAACAAUUAAUUUUAAACCACGUGCAUGACUUAUUGAUUAAAUUAACCGAAAGUAUACCUAUGACAUAUACAAUGGUACCGGUCAUCCAGCUGCAUAGCGUUAAUACGGUAUUAUCACUCUGUGCUGUUAGACAUAAUUAACUAUUUUUAAUUUGAAUUACCUAUAUUAUAAGUUGUUUUAGUUUUAAUUCUAGUCAGGUUUACCUUCGUUAUUAUUUUUAUUCAAAUUUUUUCGAUUUGGAUCUAUUAUUUUUUAAAUUCCCUCUUCUUUUUUGUUUUUAAAUUUUGCAUUUUAGAUCACCGUCAAAGUAGAAUAGAAUGUGGGCCAGUUGAGUAGCGAUAUCUGAAUACAGCUGAAAUUUUAUUACGAACGUCGCCUUAAUUUUGAACUUCUUUGAAUUGAACCAAUUUUAAAAUUAUCGUUCCAAAAUUUCCUAACCGUAGACCCCUUGGAAUUUCAAAUUAAGCAUCACGUUUGUGACGUAUCUGCUCAUAAGAUAUAACCGAGUUCGAGUUAAUAAUUAUCGGUUGUGAUGACAAUUCGUUUUUUAUUUUUUAAAAUUUUAUUUUUCAAACUGAAGUUCAACUACUAUCUUACCUUCCUGGCGAUCUACAGAGUGUAGACGUUUAUUCAACGUGAGAAACGUAGAGUUAAGACAACGCCCGAGUAAUUGAUUUCCCUCGUGAAUGUUUCAAGUUUCGAAUUAUUUGAAAUAUGUGAUAAUAAAGGAUUCGUUAUACAUACCUCUCUGUACACGUAAACGGGGUUACGUGAUACUGCCAUUAAACGAAUCCAAAAUACACGCGGGAAACCGUAGUUUAAGAGGUAAAUCUGACAAAUUCAUGUUCAUGUAAUACUAUUUUUAUCGGAUCAAAUAAGAAUGUUUGAUAUUAUUACGAUUUAUUAUGUAAGACGUUUUGUUUUCGUUUUUUUUUCUUUUUCAUUUGUCUGUCCUUUUUGAUACCAAGUACCUAAUCUGUCUGACUGUUACGUAAUCAGAGCCAAUUUUUCGUUGUGAAUUUUUAGAAUGCAUUCAUACAAUUUCAUAUUUCUUACAUUAUACGUACCUUAAUACCUUACCCUACAUUAAUUACAUUAUAAAGCUGCAUACACGAGUUACUACGAAAUGGAUGUUGUAUUUUUUUUUAUUUAUUUAUUUUUUUAAUUAGUCGUAUCGAAGAUUUUUAAUUCGAAGGAUUUAUUUACUUAUACCAUUUGCUUUUAGCAUUCGGUGCAUUGUAACAGCUUUUUUAUAUGCGAGAUGCUUAGAUUGAUCUGAUUUCAUCGAAUCUUUCGCGUAGCUUAAGCUUUUUAUUAAUUUUUACUUCACGUCGUUCGUUAAUUAUUUUUACAUACUAUUACCGUUGUGAAAAAAUAAUUACAUUUUGGAUAUUGUUCGUUGGUUCGUUCUUCUCGUGUGUAAUUUCGCCAUAAUAUCACCGUGCAGUUUUUUGUUUUUAAUUUUUUUUUUCUAGACUGAUGUCUUUGUAUAAGCUAAAAGGUUACCUACACAAUUGCAAAUGUUUGCCUUGUUUCUUGUUAUAUUGUCAAUAUAUUUAUUUUUUUAAA